GUGCCAGGACUUCAAGCUUGGAGGGUUUCAGGAACACAUGGGCACAGAAAGAUUGUUUCCAACUUUUAAAAACUACAUUGGAAGCUGAGCAGUGGUGGUUCACACCUUUAAUCUCAGAACUCAGGAGGCAGAGACAAGCAGAUCUCUGUGAGUUCAAGGCCAGUCUAAUCUACAGAGCAAGUUCUAGGACAGGUAGGGCUACACAGAGAAAUCCUAUGUCAAAAAACAACAGAUAAAACAAUGAUAAAAAUUACAUUGGAUAUUUUAGGUAAGGGGCCUAGACUAAGAUGUCUAAAAUUAUAUGUAGGCUUUUUAUUUAAUUUAUGUGAGAUGCCUAAAAUUAUCAGUUGCUUGGGUCCUGACUACACUGGUCACUGGUGCAUGACUACAAGUCUUGAGAUUUUUUUUUUCUUUACUGGAUCAGUCCAGUCUGUCUGCUCCUACUGGCUCUGACUGGACAGGCGCCACCAUGCUAACCAAGUAGGUCCUUACCCAGGUGUGCUCCUUCCCCUCAGCCUCCAGUGGGCCUCGUUUCCAUUCCCAUUCUCUCACAGUCCUUAGAACCCAUUUUCUUCAGAUCCCAGGCCAGAAGACACCAAGAGUCUGUUUGCCUCUCUCUCCAGACUUCUCUGUCCCCACCAGGUGUCAUUUUGUCCACAUUGUCCCUAGACAGUUAUUAUAAGAUGGCAUCUCUUGCUGGAGAUGAUUGCUUAUACCUGUAAUUCAGGAACUCAGGGUCCGAGGCAAGAGGGUUGCCCAUGAGUUCAAGGCCAGCCUGCUGACAAAGUGAGACCCUAUCUCGAAUGAAUGAAUGAAUGAAUGAAAGAAAGAAAGAAAGAAAGAAAGAAAGAAAGAAAGAAAGAAAGAAAGAAAAGAAAAAGGAGGGAAAAAGAGAAAGCAGGAGAUGGGGGGAGGGGAGACGACAAAAAGCUGUUUUUCCUUUUGUGACUCCAGAGCUGGAAAGCCUUCCCAGCUCCAUAGUGUCUGUACCUGUCUUGUGCUUUGGGGUGUCCUUCAUGUGGCCAUUCUGCCUGCAUGCCAGCCUACAGCUCUCCCUGCUUACCCAGAAUGGGACUCCUGCCUUCUCCAUACUGUAAGCUACUUUCUGGACUCUAUAGAUUUGUCUAGAUGAUGUCGCAACCACAGAGAAAGAGCUGGACACUGUGGAAGUGCUGAAGGCAAUUCAGAAAGCCAAAGAUGUCAAGUCCAAACUGAGCAACACAGAAAAGAAGGCUGGUGAGGACUUCCGGCUCCCGCCUGCACCCUGCAUCAGACCCGGCGGCUCCCCUCCUGCAGCUCCCGCCUCAGCCUCCCUGCCUCAGCCGAUCCUCUCCAACCAAGGCAUCCUCGGAGAUGAGUGAGUGAACCAGGUGGCAUGAGCGUGGCUGCCGGCCUGGCCCCGACGGAAGAGGGGCAGGUAUGCCGUCCCAAGUGGAGCUGAGGCUCGGGACACAGGAAAGAACGCCACCCGCCCAGGCUCCUGGAGACGCAGAACUUGGUGUGAGGUCUUGGGAAACUAGUUUGGCCCUAGGUUUUAAGAGCCAGAAAUAUAUUUCUACUCCUUAAUCUGGUGACCCCACUGGAGGAAACUUCUCUAGAGAGGGCUAAGAUACUGAGGAAAGGGAAGUUCUCCCCACUAGCAGCACCAAACUGUGGUAUGCACACCAGAAGGGCAGUGAAAGGCAGCUACGUCCCAGAACCCUCUACAACAGUCCUGUGAGGGAGAGAGGACUGAGCUGCAAAAAACACAGCGCUUGGCUUAUGUUGCGGCAAAAGCCCAGAGCACCACAGCCUGAAGUCACAGCUGUGAUGUACAGAAGAGAAAUCAUGAAAGCAGAACGGUAGAGCUAGGUGACAGCACAUUUACCCAUUAGCUUUGUCAAACUUUUGACGAAAGUUUUGAUUUUUUUUUUUCCAUAAAAGAGGAAGAAAGUUUGAGUCUGUGAGGAAGUUUCCCUGACCUCUCUUCAGCUCCCCACAGUAUUGAUACCACAUAGAAAGCAUGCAGCCAUAGACUUCUGGGGACAGGGCAGUCGGUCCAGGACGAAGCCUGUUCUACCAUUUGUUAAAUCAGUGCGUGUGUGUGUGUGUGUGAGUGCAUGGGUGCUGUGUGCAUGCAUGGAUGCAUGGGUGCUGUGUGCAUGCAUGAACAAGCAAGUGAAGAGCAAGUUGGCCAAGAGCAGGUCCUGGCUAGGCAGGAGGAAUGGGUGUCUCCUCCAGGCCACAGCUGCCAGCAGCCACUGUACCUUGUGGUAUUGAAGUCUCUGCAGCAGCCUGGGGCAAGCCUCAUCUACCCCUUCCUUGCUGCCCUUUUACCCCUGGGUGCUUUGUAGUCUGCCCUUCCCCUGCCCCCAAGUCAUUGGGCACUGAGAGAUGUUGUCCCAUAUCUACACCUCUUGUAAAUAAAACUACAGUGGAUGUCUGUGUGUGCACAUCUUUUUCCUUUGGGCGAGAAAUGACAAAGGUCAGACCCCUGUCUGAGGACUCCUGGUGUCCCCUAUCCCAUCUGCUGAGUGGCCCUUUCUAACCACUUGUUUGUACAGGCCAUGGUCCAGGAAGGAAGUGGACAGAUUGUCCUGUCUGCAUUUCCUCAUGCCCAAACAAGGCUGGGGGUGGGGGAUGGGGGUAGUGGCAAGAAAAUACUGAUUUUUUUUUCUUCCCUCACAAAUGUGAGGCACCCACAUGUAUGUGUGUUUGGCCAUGUGUUACUGGAGCUGGCCUGGGUGCACAGGGAUUUUUCUGUGUGAGAACAGUGUUACUCACCUACCCUGGCCACUCAAGGCCUGCCUGAGGUGGGUGCUGCUGGGGAACCCCAGUCCUCUGGUCAUCUCAGCUGUGAGAGCAGUGGAAGAUUGACAGGGUCAGUGUCCAAAGUGCCAAAGUUCAUUGCCCAGCCCUGUCUGGGGGCUGAGAGAAGGCUGUGCUGUAGACGUGAUUAGACACAGGCAGCUGAGUUCCUGGCCCUGAGAUCCUAAGCAACUUGUAGCCUCUUGGAAGCUGUUUUCUCAACCACAGAGUGGAUACAUCCUAACUUCAUCGAUUCUAAGAUGCACACAUUCCACCCUGUGACUUCUCUGAAAUUGAGAUGCGUCUUUCAGUCAGUGGCGUCCCCUAGUUGCUGUCAGCCAGCUGGUAAUCGUGAUGGAGCCGUGGGAAUACCUUCUGUGGACAUCGGCUAUGACCAGGAUGGCACCUUAUCCACACACCUUAGAUUUGAUGAAAUGUGGUAAAUAACGAGAGGUGCGCGUGAGCUGAUGGUGGGGAAGCGCUUGGCACUGCCGAGGCUAAGCAGGAUUAGUCGGUAGGGGCUGCUUCCUGUAGCCUGAGUUGGGGUUUCAGGACAGUCCCUCCAAGAACAUGGAGCUACUUGGGGACAUAAGGCUUUGUGCCUAUGGAAGAACGAGGUAGAACAGUUUGGGAAUACUUUUAGGACUGCAGCAGAGUGGUAUCAAAGAUGAAUCUUGAAAGCUGGGUUGGGUUAAGACAUUUCAGCAGCAAGGGCGAGUGACAUCCGCAGAGCCUGGGACGCUUCAUGCAUGUCUGUGCUUACCGCCUUCCUGCCCCGCAGCCUCUGCCGCUUCGUGGGGUAUCUGGGCUUGAGCAGAGAACCUGCACCUUGGGAGUUGUCCUGUUGUAGGUAGCAGUCCAGCUGAAUGGGAUAUCUGGGGGGCUCUUGGGAGUACAGUCAUUUAAUUGGGCCAUGGUGGCUGUUGAGUAACAAAGCCAGUCUGUGGAGGGAUGGCUCUUCUAGACCAGCUAGCAGCAAUUUGAAACGCGUUGGUUGUUGUUUUUGCUGUUUGUUGUUGUUUUUAAAGUCAGGGGUUGGGGUUGGGGAAGAGCUUCCCCUUUAACCAGUGGCAAACUGGAAUGCAGUAAUGGCUCCAGACGGGCUAUUCAUAAAAUCCCUUAGUGUAGCGUAAAUAACCAGUGCAUUUUAAGGAAAGUAGGCAGUAGUACAGGGCAGCCAGCAGGGCACCCUGGGAAAGCAGCCCUGUGGAUUCAAUACUAGCUGUGCUCAGCACUGAAGGAAUCAAAUCUGCAAAGCCAGGCUUCCUGGCGAAGGGGCCUGUACUUGGAACUUGUGAGCCCUGCAGAGAUACCAGAUGAGAACACAGGGUCACUUGUAGCCCUUUCUUUGGACAGUGUUCCAAUAUGCCCAAAGCUAUCGAUAAAUAAAUCACCACAGUGCUUUUCUGACAGGUAGACCAGCCUGUCCCCAGUACCCACCUCUUCCUAGUUAGGCUGGGCCAGGCUGUGUGGUCUAACCUUGCCACAGUAAGAGAAAAAGUAGUCUCCUGUUUCAGUUUGUCUUUCUUUGUGCAAGCGUUGUUUUCUGUGUUAUCCCUGUUGGUCCUUCUUCUGUGGAAUGUCUGUUCACAGUCUUUACAUUCUCUUACAGUUCUCAAGCAGCUUGCUUUGAGAACUAUAAGAGCUUGUAAUCUGUAAGAGCUCCUUAUAGAUUGGCAUAUAGAUCUUUGUUUAUAUUGCAGACACUUUGUUCUCUGUGCAUUUUCCUGUCUUUGGAAUGUACCUCUGGAGGUUUGGUCUUUAUGGCUCCCUCCCUGCUUGUAGCCUCUCCCUACCGCACACUAGAGAGCAGCCACUGGGCCCAUCCAAGGGCAAAGCAUCUUACUGAGGAGUUACUCAAUUACUGCCUCUCCUUUUUGUGACCCAUAUGAUGAUUUGGGGUCUGGCUAGUGCCUGGCCGUACCCUGAGCCCAAGGCCUAGCCUCUUCUUGAACAGCUGCUCUCCCUGCCCACCCCAUCUCUGCCCACCCCGUCUCUGCAGGUAUCAUGUUUGUACAGGAAGAGGCCCUGGCCAGCAGCCUCUCAUCCACGGAUAGUCUGCCACCCGAGGACCACCGGCCCAUUGCCCGAGCCUGCUCUGACUCCUUGGAAUCUAUCCCUGCAGGACAGGUGGCCUCUGAUGAUCUGAGGGAUGUGCCAGGAGCUGUUGGCGGCGUGAGCCCAGAUCAUGCAGAGCCAGAGGUUCAGGUGGUGCCUGGGUCCGGCCAGAUCAUCUUCCUGCCCUUCACUUGCAUUGGCUACACAGCCACCAACCAGGACUUUAUCCAGCGCCUCAGCACACUGAUCCGCCAGGCCAUUGAACGGCAACUCCCUGCCUGGAUUGAGGCUGCCAACCAGCGCGAGGAAGCCCAUGGUGAGCAGGGCGAGGAGGAAGAAGAGGAAGAGGAAGAGGAGGAUGUUGCUGAGAACCGCUACUUUGAAAUGGGACCCCCAGACGCAGAGGAAGAGGAGGGGAGUGGCCAGGGAGAAGAGGAUGAGGAAGACGAGGACGAGGAGGCGGAGGAGGAGCGCCUGGCUCUGGAGUGGGCCCUGGGCGCCGAUGAGGACUUCCUGCUGGAGCACAUCCGCAUCCUCAAGGUGCUCUGGUGCUUCCUGAUCCACGUGCAAGGCAGCAUCCGCCAGUUCGCUGCCUGCCUUGUGCUCACUGACUUCGGCAUCGCAGUCUUUGAGAUCCCACACCAAGAGUCAAGAGGCAGCAGCCAGCACAUCCUCUCAUCCCUGCGUUUUGUCUUCUGCUUCCCACAUGGCGACCUCACGGAGUUUGGCUUCCUCAUGCCCGAGCUGUGUCUGGUGCUCAAGGUGCGGCACAGUGAGAACACGCUCUUCAUCAUCUCGGAUGCUGCCAACUUACACGAGUUCCAUGCUGAUCUACGCUCCUGCUUUGCACCGCAGCACAUGGCCAUGCUGUGCAGCCCCAUCCUCUACGGCAGCCACACCACCCUGCAGGAGUUCUUGCGCCAGCUGCUCACCUUCUACAAGGUGGCCGGGGGCUCUCAGGAGCGCAGCCAGGGCUGCUUCCCUGUCUACCUGGUCUACAGUGACAAGCGCAUGGUCCAGACCCCUGCCGGGGACUAUUCAGGCAAUAUCGAAUGGGCCAGCUGCACGCUGUGCUCGGCGGUGCGGCGCUCCUGCUGCGCGCCCUCGGAGGCCGUCAAGUCCGCUGCCAUCCCCUACUGGCUGCUGCUCACAUCCCAGCAUCUCAACGUCAUCAAGGCCGACUUCAACCCCAUGCCCAAUCGAGGCACCCACAACUGCCGCAACCGCAACAGCUUCAAGCUUAGCCGCGUCCCGCUCUCUACCGUGCUGCUAGACCCCACUCGCAGCUGCACCCAGCCACGGGGUGCCUUCGCUGAUGGCCAUGUGCUCGAGCUGCUCGUGGGCUACCGCUUCGUUACCGCCAUCUUUGUGCUGCCCCACGAGAAAUUCCACUUCCUGCGAGUCUACAAUCAGCUACGCGCCUCACUGCAGGACCUGAAGACUGUGGUCAUCUCCAAGAAUCCUUCAGCUAAGCCAAGAAAUCAGCCUGCCAAGAGCAGGGCCAGUGCUGAGCAGCGGCUACAGGAGACCCCAGCAGACGCUCCGGCUCCAGCUGCAGUCCCACCAACAGCUUCAGCUCCAGCCCCCGCAGAGGCCUUGGCUCCAGAUCUGGCUCCUGUACAGGCCCCAGGAGAGGACCGAGGUCUAACUUCAGCAGAGGCUCCAGCCGCAGCAGAGGCUCCAGCCGCAGCAGAGGCUCCAGCCGCAGCAGAGGCUCCAGCCGCAGCAGAGGCUCCAGCCGCAGCAGAGGCUCCAGCCGCAGCAGAGGCUCCGGCCCCAGCAGAGGCUCCAGCCGCAGCAGAGGCUCCGGCCGCAGCAGAGGCUCCAGCUGCAGCAGAGGCUCCAGCCGCAGCAGAGGCUCCAGCUUCAGCAGAGGCUCCAGCUCCAAACCAGGCUCCUGCUCCAGCAAGGGGUCCCGCUCCAGCAAGGGGUCCCGCUCCAGCAGGGGGUCCCGCUCCAGCAGAGGCCCUGGCACAAGCAGAAGUCCCUGCCCAGUACCCAAGUGAGCGCCUAAUCCAGUCCACAUCUGAAGAGAAUCAGAUCCCUUCUCACUUGCCAGUAUGCCCAUCACUCCAGCACAUUGCCCGUCUUCGGGGGAGAGCCAUCAUUGACCUCUUCCACAACAGCAUUGCUGAGGUUGAAAAUGAGGAGCUGAGGCACCUCCUGUGGUCAUCAGUGGUGUUCUACCAGACCCCGGGGCUAGAAGUGACCGCCUGUGUGCUGCUCUCUAGCAAGGCUGUGUACUUCAUACUGCAUGAUGGUCUCCGCCGCUACUUCUCUGAACCACUGCAGGAUUUCUGGCACCAGAAAAACACCGACUAUAACAACAGUCCUUUCCACGUCUCUCAGUGCUUUGUGUUGAAACUCAGUGACCUGCAGUCAGUCAACGUCGGCCUUUUCGACCAGUACUUCCGGCUGACGGGCUCCUCCCCGACGCAGGUGGUCACGUGCUUGACUCGCGACAGCUACCUGACGCACUGCUUCCUCCAGCAUCUGAUGCUUGUGCUGUCCUCCCUGGAGCGCACACCCUCGCCUGAGCCUGUUGACAAGGACUUCUACUCAGAAUUUGGGGACAAGAAUACAGGGAAAAUGGAGAACUAUGAGCUGAUCCAUUCCAGCCGCGUCAAGUUCACCUACCCCAGUGAGGAAGAGGUUGGGGACCUGACCUAUAUUGUCGCACAGAAGAUGGCUGAUCCUGCAAAGAAUCCAGCCCUCAGCAUCUUACUGUACAUCCAGGCCUUCCAGGUGGUCACACCACACCUUGGGCGGGGCAGGGGCCCACUGCGCCCUAAGACGCUGCUCCUGACCAGCGCCGAGAUCUUCCUCCUGGAUGAGGACUACAUCCACUAUCCAUUGCCUGAAUUUGCCAAAGAGCCACCGCAGAGGGACAGAUACCGGCUAGACGAUGGCCGCCGGGUCCGGGAUUUGGACCGGGUGCUCAUGGGCUACUAUCCCUACCCACAGGCCCUCACUCUUGUUUUUGAUGACACACAGGGUCACGACCUCAUGGGGAGUGUCACCCUGGACCACUUUGGGGAGAUGCCAGGUGGUCCUGGCAGGGUUGGCCAGGGCCGAGAGGUACAGUGGCAGGUGUUUGUCCCCAGUGCCGAGAGCCGAGAAAAGCUCAUCUCACUGCUCGCACGACAGUGGGAAGCUCUUUGUGGCAGGGAGCUGCCUGUGGAGCUCACUGGCUAGUGCACGCCAUAGCAGCCCUGGCCUCCUGCCAUGCCCAGCCUAGCCUGGUGCCCGUGAAGGCAGGGAAGCGGCCUUCUGCGUUCUUUUUAAGGUCUUUCUCCUCUCCCUUGGUUCCUACAUUGAUUGCCCGUGGCCCCCACACAUGUGACCAGCUCCCACAGAGACUGUGAACAUGUGUGAUCAGUUAAUCCUAACGCUGGGAAGACAUAUGCCAGCCCCACCAGAGCGUCCUUGUGCUGUUAGCGUCCCUUGUGUCGCCUGCCUCUGAAGUGGCAUGGUCAGACGCGCCAGCAUUGUUUUGUCUGUGAUUGAUGCUGUUGUUAGCGUGGCGCUGUGGACCUGAUAACCCCCACGUCCUUUUCUGAAGUGUUAAGUCCAGUCCUUCGUUGCUGUUUGCUGUCAUUGUGGGCGUGCCGCUGCUAAUUACAAAGCUGGUAGCAGAGUACACAGGCAAGCUCCCACGUUGUGGGCUUUUCCAAAAUGGAGGCCUCCUCAAGUCCAGAGCAGAGGAGGCCCUAUGGGGAGUUCCCAGGUCAUGGGUCCAAGAGGAGCCAGUACAGGGGACCUAGAGCUGCCAGCACCAAGUAUAAUUCCUGUUGCCUACGUUCUCUAUUCUAAUAAAAUGGAGUUUGACACAA